CAAAGCGAAGUACAAGGAAUUCGCCAGACCAUCCAAUGUCAGUUGUCGGUUUCAUCGCUGAAAUCAGAAUGACGAUGGAUACAAUAGUCUUGUCAGUUGUGUUGCUCUCGGUGUGCUGCCAAGCUGGCACAUACAACUAUUCUGACAUAGAAUUACAUCCUGAUCACAUGCCGUACUUUUUAAACAUGUACAAAGAGCUAGCUGAUGAGUGUGUUAAAGAGAAGUGCCCCUUGAUGGAUUUUGUUGGCAGAAAAGGUUGCUGGGGCUAUGAGGAUGUUUGUCCACAGAAUGACUCCUACUCAACCCCUUCAUGUCCAGGGGACCACAGAGGGUGGGUUCCCUCAAAAAAGGACCAAAUAGACACUUUCUUUGCGCAGGGUGACUUCGGUUAUGUUGCUGAGCAGCAGAAAGAGCUAAUGGUCAUGUGUGAGCCUAAUUUUGCUGCUGACUCUUCAUUAGUAUGCUCUAAACAUUUACGCUACUGUCAAGGGCGGAACAUCAAAAUCGACUUUAGAGAUCUUAACCACAGAAAAGAACCAAUCAGAUACAAGAUGGAUGUGCUCAAGGAAGGCCAGAUAGGUGGUUAUUGCAAACUCCAUAAGAGGAGACUGGAAGAUGAGUGUGACCACAUUAGUCCACUGCAGUCGUGGGGCCCGGAACUAAGAUUUUUCUCCGAGCUGCCACACAAGCCCUUGGACACUGAGGGCAGCUGUGAUAUGGUCAUUGACAAGCCAACGUACCUCAUGAAGAUCGAUGCCACAGUUAACAUGUACCAUCACUUCUGUGACUUUUUCAACCUGUACGCGUCUCAACAUGUCAAACUUCAUGACUGGACAACGUUCUCUACUGAUGUUCAUAUUCUCGUCUGGGAGUCAUUCUCGUACAUCUCCAACUUUGCUCCUGUCAUGAAAGUGUUCACCAGGCAUCCGAUCUGGGAUCUCAAAACAUUUGCAGGCAAGACUGUCUGCUUCCGUAACCUCAUCUUUCCACUCCUCCCUAGGAUGAUAUUCGGUCUCUACUACAACACACCUCUCAUAUGGGGAUGUCAGAAAAGUGGACUGUUCCAUGCGUUCUCCAAACAUGUCCUAUACCGCAUGGGAGUGGUCCAGGAGCCCCGGACCAACCCUUCCAUCCGGAUCACUCUGUUGUCCAGAGAGUCUGCCUACAGGAAUAUCCUCAAUGAAGCAGAGUUACUAUCAGCACUGCAACAGAACCCAGAUUAUAUUGUUCAAAGGGUAGUGUACAACAGGAACAUGGACUUCAAGAAACAACUUGAGCUCACUCACAACAGUGAUAUAUUUAUUGGUAUCCACGGCGCAGGACUGACUCACUUGCUCUUCCUGCCUGACUGGGCGGUCGUCUUCGAGUUGUACAACUGUGAAGACGAAAGCUGCUACCAGGAUCUUGCAAGGUUGCGAGGUGUCAGGUAUCUCACGUGGGAGAAUAGGAAAAAACUGUGGCAAGAGGACGAGGGUCACCACCCCGACGGUGGAGCACAUGCCAAAUUUACCAACUACAAGUUUGACGUAGACGAAUUUCUGAGGUUGGUGAAAGUCGGAGUGGAACACGUGCGUAACCAUACGGACUUCCCUGUGAGGAUAUCUCACGAUGAGCUGUAGUUGUAUUGUAGUGCACCGUCGAUCUAGUCGUACCUGUGUUCUGUCAAGUUCAGUCGACAGACCAGGAGGAGGAAUAUUGUUCCUCAGUCCUCUUUGGGCAAAUGUUUGUCUCGAGUCAUGGGGCAGUGUUGAUUGUCUAGGAUCGGUGUAAUGCGAUGCAAUGCACACUGUAAUUCUGCAAUGCUGUGGUUUUCUUCAACCGGUUUCAUGUUUGUGGCAUGAAUGCUUCCCAGGUAUCCAAGGAAAGGGCCAUGAUGGAACAUCAAUGAUUAUUAUUUUAAAGCUCUUAUUCUGUACAAGACAAUUGUAUAUUAUGAAACUGCAGUACAAUAUCAUCCAAAAACAUAGCUUUGUGUAAAAAAUAAUAUUUAUUGCAAUUUCCGUAAACUACUAAUAAUAUUAGCAUUAUUAAUUUAGUAGAACAAUCUGAAACAUUAAUAUGCCAAUUAAUUUUACAAUAAUUAACAUAUUUACUACUUUGCUUUAUAAAUGCUGGUAAGACAAAUAUUUUUAGAAUUAAAAAUGUAUGACAUUUAUACAUUAUUCAAAGUCCUCAAAAAUUAUCUUUUGUUUAUAUCUCAGCUUGGUGUAUACAACAUUAAAAUACUUACUUUUAAUGUUAUUAAUGGUGAUGUAAAGCUAGUGAACAUGUAUGUGUUCAUUGGCAAAAGCAAUUUGACAAAAGUCUAUGGUUAUAGUAGAUGAUGCAAUUCAAUGUCACCAAGUAGACUCAUAGACAAUUUGCUCAAAUAUGUAUGAAUGUAUUAUGUAUAAUUAUGUAGUCAGCUUAGUAAUAUUACUUUCAGCUUUAUAAUGAGUAACCAAAACACACCACUAACCAUCAACAUAACCAACAGAUACCACUCCAACCAAUUUUAAUUUUCCAAACAUUAUAUUAUAGUGUCAAAGGAAUAAGAGAGUGAAAAGAAUAGUUGAGGAUAUAUUGUGUGGGAAGAUGAUAUUGUUUUAUUGUAUUUAUGUCAGCAGGCAAGUUUUAUUUGCCUGAUACAUUUAUGGUUUUGUACCAGUAGUAUUACUUUGGUAUUAGUAUUAUUAGUGACCUAUGAAAUUUAAUCAUCAUAGGAAUGAGAUCUGAUCAGAAACUACUUCAAGUGUAAAAUUUUAUGGUUUCUUCUUGUUUUUAUUAGUUGAUAAAUUUUACUUUGAAUUGAAAAGACUACUGCAAAGUGUACAUUUCGUAAGUAUUUUCAAGUAAUUAAUGAUUUUACAUUUUACCAAAUGAAUCAUGCCAAAAUUAUUGUAAGGAAAUGUAUUAUUUUGUAUUGUAUUGUAUUACCUCACUAUAGUGUGUACAGUAUUUAUUUUGCAUUAUAAAUAAUAAGAGCUGUAUUAUUAUAACUAUUGAGAAAUAAUUUUAGAACUAUGUUCAUUUUUAUUACGACCAUAAAGGGUGAAUUGAAUACCUCAAGAACAUUGAAUAAAAUAUUGCUAAAAUUUUAAUACUACGCACAUGGAUAGUUAAAAAUGUAUGUUUUCAAUGUAGCAGCAUCUAAAACAUAGAUAUAUUUUAUACUCAAUAACUAUUAAUAAGUAAUAAUAAUGUUUUAUUCAUAUGGUGUUUUUAUUGUGUAUUAUAUGAUUAAUUUAAAAAAAUGAAUAUUUAAAUAACUUCACUGUAAAAUAAAACUAUAUAGAUACAUUUUUUACUGUUUUUAAAGGUGGAACGUAUUAAAAUGGGAAGCUUUAAUUUGAUCCUUAAGUUCAUCAAACCGGUGUAAAAGCUGGUUUUUCUGUGGGUUUUUGUUGUAUAUGUAUAAUUAACUUUAAUUAUAUAUUUUAUUAAUAUUCUUACUUACUACGUAAUGUGGCGGUCCGUUAAUAUCAGAUUAGUAAAUAUGCAUUGUGUUAUUACCAUUAUUGUUAUUGAUUUAGUCAAGUAUACUGUUUUUGGUUUUUAUAGUUUUUUAAUCAAUGCAUUGUAUUAGAUCAUGCACGUUUCGUGCAUAAUUUCAGUUUAUAAAUUUUAUUUUGAUUUUUAUUAACAUUUUGAAGUGUAACUCAGACAAAUUAUUUAGUGAACUAUUUUAUAUGAGUCACAUCAGGAUAAAUUGUGUUUUUAUGAUAAAUGAAAUUUUCUUGUGUUUGUCUUUAAUGUUUAAUGGUGUUGUUUCAAUACUCUAAGAAGACUAACACAUUUUGUCAUAAUUUUGAAUUUCGUUCAAAUUUUGUACUAUUAGAGAUGUACUUAAUCCCCCAAACUUAUACAUUUUCUAUCUUAAUUUUAAACUCUAGAUUAAGAUUAUGGAUGUAAAUCUGGUUAUUUUCCAUUUAAAAUGUACACAUAAUCCCAAUUUAUUACAAUUUUAAGUAUUUGCAAUCUUAGUACUCAUAUAAUAAUUUGAACACUUACAAUCUUCAUUCGAUUGGGUGAAUUGAGGAAUGACAGUAAUUCUAUGACAGUUUAGCAUUAUAAAUUCAUUUAUAUUUAAAUUAUGUAUGUAUUGUUAUAUUUCAGAGUUACCACUUAGUGACUGUUUCAAUUAUUGUUAUUGAGCUAAUUGUGACUCUAGACCAGCUUUAAAUUAAUUUAUUUAACAGAAUUGACAAAUUAUUGACUGAUCGGUACCUAAUUGAAGCCUCUUUUACUUUUCAAUUAAUUGUUAUUAUUGUUUCGUUUCAUAUCAUUGGCAUCCAGAAUUUAUAAAAUUCAAUGUGCUUAAUAUUAUAACCACAUGAAAGCCAUAUAGUCUUAUGGCUAUAUUAUUACUGUAGUCAUAAGACUAUACUAAUAAUAUAGCGAACGAUCUGUAUCUAAGUUCACUACAGUAGCACCGAGUGGUCCUGAACCCUGACACAGUUCAACUGAUGCUGUUUUUUUUUUUCAAUUUUGUAAGGCUUGUUUUAGAAACUGAUUUUUGCUGUGCAUGAAUAAGAUGAUUUUCAGUAUAUACCAUUCAAUACCAACAGAACGCAUUCAUCCUUAUAAAUUUGUUUUAUAAAGCUGCUUUGCAGUGUUAUCAGAAUUAAAUAAAAGUGCCAAGGCUUGACAUCUCAAUCUCUCGAAAAAUUAUAAAAUGUUCUUAUCAGAAAUUGGAUUAAAAGCUGUUAAUUAAAAAAAACUCCCAAGUCAAGUAGUUGAUACAUAGUAAACAGCAAGCAGUAACUGGAUUCUGGGAGAAUAAGGAUAAAUAUAUACUUAUAUCAGAUUUAGGAUUAAUAAAGCUAUUUGUACUUAUGUUAUAAGAUUUUUAAAGGAAUUUUUACUGAAUGUAAUUUCAUGUGAUUGGGAUAUUACAGUACUUAUAUAAGUAACUGUUAGUAUUUUAUAAUGCAACUGCUUCAGAGUUAUUUUUUUAUUGUUAUAUUAUGUUAAGUUAUGUUAUAACUGUUAAAAAUUUCUUUUUAUAUUGUUUGUAUCUCAUAAUGUGAUAACAUUGAAUAUUCCCUCCAACAAUCUCGUAGUUUUAAGUUCUGAUGUUUUCUGUUAAAAAGUACACCUAAAAUGGUGUAUUUUAACACCAGUAAAUAUGUGUUCAUUUUCGGAGUUAUAUUAUAACAAAUUAUAUUUUAUUUGUUAGGAAAGAUUUCCAAAGAACUUGUUUCUUUUUUACAUCUACUUAUCUAAGUUAUAGGUUUUAUUUAAAUAUAUUAAUUUAGUAAUGUACUAAACAACUCAUCAUUGUACAAACGAUGUAUACAUUCCUUUUGGUUAUUAAUACAUUUUUAUAUAGA